AAGAAUCUGGAGCAAGAACGCAAGGUGUUCGACAAAAUGCCUGAAAGAGAAACAGGCAUGAAUGAAGAAAAUUCUUGGGGAGAAUUGGGCUUCUUCUUCUAAUGGAGUCUGCAAACCAAACAUUGGGGAAAGGAUUGUUAAUGAAAAGGUGGGUCCCACGCAAACGAAGGAAGGAAGAAAGAGCAAGGAAAAAUUCGAGCGGACUACUCUACCCAGGCCUAAUCGGAUUCAAACCGAACCCGACCCGAACACAAGGUCCGCGGAAAAGUGGACCUAACCUCUCUUGAUAGAAAAGCGCAAAAAGUCGUUGGAGAGGAGAACGAGAAGAGAAGGCGAAAGUCGUCGAAUUUGUGAUCGGGAAAAUGUUUAGCUAUACGGCGGUGGGGACCGGAGACGGCGGCGCUUUGAAAUCUGAUGAAUUCGAUAUCGAAUCCGGAGAUGCUCUGUACCCUGGAAUAGGGCACGGCGAGAAUCAGUUGCGGUGGGGAUUCAUACGCAAAGUGUAUGGAAUAUUGGCGGCGCAGAUCCUCCUGACCACAGUCAUCUCCGCCGUUACGGUUCUUUACGCUCCGAUCAAUGAUCUCUUGCGUGGAAGUUCCGGCUUCUUGCUUUUCCUCAUGUUCACCCCUUUCAUAUUAUUGUGGCCCUUGCAUGUAUAUCAACAAAGGCACCCACUGAACUUCAUUUUCCUUGGGCUUUUUACUGCUUCUUUGAGUCUUACUGUCGCCGUGAGCUGUGCAAAUGUUGAAGGACGAAUUGUUCUUGAAGCCUUGAUCUUGACAUCAGCUGUAGUAUCGGCCCUGACUGGAUAUACUUUCUGGGCUUCUAAGAAGGGCAAAGACUUCAGUUUUCUUGGACCGAUCUUGUUCACCAGCCUUUUUGUAUUGUUCAUGGCCGGUUUGAUUCAGGUUUUCUUCCCACUAGGAUCCACCAGUUCCACAAUCUACAGCUCAAUUGGAGCAAUAAUCUUCUCAGGGUACAUUGUCUACGACACUGAUAACCUGAUCAAGCGCUUCACAUAUGAUGAAUACAUCUGGGCUUCUGUCACCCUCUACCUCGAUGUUCUCAAUCUCUUCCUCACUAUUCUAAGGAUGCUGAAACAGGACAACUGAUGCUGCAACGUGCAAUUUCUAAGAUUCUUCUUUACCUGUGAAUAUAUAUAUAUAUAUAUGGUUUUUACUCUGCACUCAUACGUACUCUAUAUACGCCUAACAAAGUAUUAUCAUGAUAUUUCUGCUGCAUAAUUACUAAGUUCGCAUUUUCGUCCCAUGGAUUUGUUUUUGUAUGAAAUGAGCUGAAUAAACUUCAGCAACUAAAAUUUUACAAUAUGAAGCUUCUUUUCAAUACUAACUUCCAGUCUUUUAUCUAUGAUUCUUGCCUCUUGAUCUAACGAGCAGGACUGUAUGCAAUGGUCCCGGGGUAUUAGUCUCCUUGCUUGAGGCACGCCCGGAGAGACUCGAGGCUGAUGAGGGUGUGGACAUUGUAAGUUGGGAUUCCUAAGGUUCUUGUUUCUUUAAAUUAUUCUUGAUCCUCCUCCCCCCCCUUUUUUUUUCUUGGAAUAAUUUAUUUGGGAGGAUUUAAAAUGUGUCAAUAUAAGGAAAAGAAUGGAGUUUAAUGAGGAGAGGGAUUUUUGAAUGAAGUUUUGGAGGCAA